AUGAGCCCCCCAAAGCCCAUCAUCGCUCCCUCCGUGCUCGCCAGUGACCUCUCGCGACUCACCGACGAGGCCCAAAAAAUGGUCGACGAAGGAUGCGACUGGCUGCACCUCGACGUCAUG